UUAAAUGGGAGGAUUAUCACGUGCGAGGCCGUGCUGAAAGUCCCCAAGAGCCCAAAACCACCCGAAAGUUAUAAUACAAUCGACAUCGACGUGGUUCUCAAAAGAGAGUGGCGUGAUAUUUGUCACAGUGAGACAGUAGCUGUCGAGAGUGUAGAUAACAUUUUGCGCCAGAUUAGCGACAAAGAAUGGGUGAUUGAAACCUGCACAACAAGUGAAGCACCAUCACUUCCAGUGCAGAAAGCGCUUGUGGAUUUGGGCACGUCAUUCCCUAGUGCUUCCCUACUGUUGCAAGUUCGCCUGCAUCACAAUGCUCGCAUUCUUGCGGUUUGCGAAGACGUGGAUGAAUAUAUUGAACUGCGUAAUAUGUCAUGCCUGGAGGCAGCAUUUCGAUUUGCCGAGCGAUUGGAGUUUGUCUUACUGGAUCGCCUUAUUGAGCAGAAUUACUCUCUGCUUGUUCCAUUUAUUCUUGAUAUUCUGGCGCACAUUCCUCCAAGCGUUCCGGCAAGCCGUUUCGAACAUCUUCUGCCUUCAAGAAAUGGGAGACCAAUACAACUAGAUAAG